CGGUGUUUUUCUCUCCCCCCUGCCAAUCUCAUUCUAAUCCAACCAAACCAAUGACGUCCAUCCAUCCACAAAGUAGCAGCAUGGCGGGGCCGGGGCGGCUUGUUGCCGUGCCGGAGUUGAGCUCCGCAGCUGCCUCCCCGCCGCGUGACGGCCUCUACCGCGACUGGAUUCGGACGGUCGCCGUGUCCGGAGCGCAGAGGAGAUCAACCAUCUUGGGUCAUAGCGGAUCCAGCUACUCCACUGCUUCCAGUUCCUGCCCGUCCAACAACUCCGGCCACUCCUCCGGUUCAGCGUCCGCCGUUGCGCUGGAGCGCUUGGGCAACCAAGAGCUCAGGGGGAUUGCUCACCGAAUGGUCAGCGACGGGUACGCCCAGCGCAUGGUUGAAGCAUUCGUCCGCGCAUCUCCUGCGCCAGAAUUCCAAUUCGUUGGUAUCCCGGACCAUGCUCUGAUAAAUUGGUUCUCCGAGCUCGACGUCGACUGGGUUCUCCAAAUCGACGACGAGCAUGGCUUACGGCGGCUGCUUCGAGACAAGUUGGCGACGACGCAAGACUUGGUCGACAAGUGGAUCCGGGCUCUUACCAUAAUUGCCGCCAGUAUCACUGAGUUGGUAUGCGCCUUCUACAGGACGCCAGCGGUCACAGUGUUUGGCAAAGCGAGCAUCACCAAAAUGCUCGAUGUCGUGGAUGUCAUCAUCACCGUUGUCGAAGCGGAGAAGCUACAGGUCGUGCUUGACAUGUUUACAUGUGUCUGUGGUGCGUCGCACAUGUUAAGCAUUUUCAACGAGAUAGGCGGCCUGUUCGAGAGACAAGCAAAGAGGCUAAGUGAGAUCACAGUAAGCACGAUGGAGGAGGUGAGGACACUCGUGGAGGAAGAUGACUCAUGGGCUAUCGAGAUCUCGCGAGGAGGAGGCGAGGUUCACAAGAACACUCGGCUCAUCAUGGAUUGCGUCGUAUCCAUGCAGAAUGCACGGACUUCAAUGCAAAACUCUGCACCGAGCCAGAGUGCUGAAAACCUUCGUAGCGUGAUUGAUGGCACAUCUCUUGAUUAUCUGAAGGAUCUGCUCUUCACAAAAUCAGAGUCAUGCUCGGAUCAAGGCCUCCGGUACCUGUUCCUGCUCAACAAUUCCUAUUUCGUAGCUCAUAUGCUCUCUGAGUCAUCAUCAUCUCCUGCAUACCUAAAUCAAUUGCAUUAUUGUGAGAAGUACAUGGAUAGUUAUCUCGAUGUUUCUUGGAGACAUGUACUCGCCUGCAUACCAAAAUCGAGAUUUCCUGGACCGAUCCAUUGUUGGAUAAACACGUCUUCGUUGGUGAAAUUUGAGUUGGCGUUUCGCAAGACAUACCAGACUCAGAAGUUGUGGAAGGUUCUGGACCCUUGGCUCAGAGAUGCGCUGCGGAGAGCUAUCAUUGAGAGAGUCAUUACAGGUUAUCGCAACUACCUGGAGGAGCAUCCGGAGCUAGAGAAACACAUUGGCCGCGAAAGCAGUAGUCCUGAAGUUUUGGAGGAGAUGUUGGGAGAGCUAUUUGAAGGAUGAAAACAGCUUGAGUUAUGGAA